CGCUUCCAGCUUCCUCACGCUCUCUCGGCCACAGUGAGUAUACGGCGCGCGCCCAUCCAUCUCAACGCCGCCCAUCGCCCAUCACCAGUGCAUUGCUGCAUCAUCUCGCGUGUAUCUGCACUGCUAGACACUGCUCUGUCUGAUUGGCCUGCCCUCUCCGCACCCUCCUGUCGUUCUCCGCGACUGCCUCUGCCAUACGCGACUCGCUCAUCUGCGCGAUCCCCUUAGAAGAAGCAACCACGCCUUCAUCACCCCUCGCUGGCACAUUGCCUGCUUCUCCUCGCUGCCAUAUAGCGCGUUGACAUAGCCGCCUCUGCUGGCACUCCCCCAAAUCAGCGUCCAUGGCGAGCCACCAGCAACCCUCGCCCACUGCGGGCAUCCCGCCGCACCAUAGCGGCCCGCAUCCAGCGCAUGCGCAAGUCAACGGCCACCCGCCUCACGUCAACCAGCCCAAGACGCCGUCGCAGUAUCUGGGCCAGUUGACCGAGGCUGUCUGGACGCAGAUGGGCUCUCUAUCAGAACAGAUGCAGGACUUGGACAGCGCCAUGGAGUGCUACCAGCUUGCGCUCAAGUACAACCAGUGGUCUGUGCCAGCCAUGCAAGGCAUUGCGUGCAUCUUGCGCACCAAAGACGCGUUCCCGCAAGCUGUAGAGUAUUUGCGCACUAUUCUCAAGGUCGACCCUGCCAACGGCGACGUUUGGGGCAGCCUUGGUCACUGCUACCUCAUGAUGGACGAUCUGCAGCAGGCUUACUCUGCCUACCAACAAGCGCUCUACCAUCUGUCUGAUCCAAAGGAACCCAAGCUCUGGUAUGGCAUUGGCAUUCUGUACGACCGCUAUGGCUCUCUUGAGCACGCUGAGGAAGCUUUCUCCCAAGUUAUGCGCAUGGAGCCCAACUUUGAGAAGGCAAAUGAGAUCUACUUCCGCCUCGGUAUAAUAUACAAGCAGCAGCAGAAGUUCAACCAGAGUCUGGACUGCUUCAAGUACAUCGUCACCAAUCCACCUCGCCCUCUAACUGAAGAGGACAUCUGGUUCCAAAUUGGGCACGUCUACGAGCAGCAGAAGGAGUUCGAGGCUGCUAAGGGCGCCUAUCGUCGUGUGCUUGAGCGGGAUCCCAACCACGCCAAAGUCCUUCAACAGCUGGGCUGGCUGCACCACCAGCAGAGCACCAACUAUGCCAGUCAGGAGCAGGCCAUCGAGUAUCUGGAGAAGUCUGUGGCUUCAGAUCAAACCGAUGCACAGAGCUGGUACCUUCUCGGUCGAUGCUACAUGUCCCAGCAGAAGUACCCCAAGGCAUACGAGGCCUACCAACAAGCCGUCUACCGGGAUGGGCGUAACCCUACUUUCUGGUGCAGUAUCGGUGUGUUGUAUUAUCAGAUCAACCAGUAUCGCGAUGCUCUGGACGCCUACUCGCGCGCUAUCCGACUCAACCCCAACAUCUCGGAGGUCUGGUAUGAUCUCGGAACCCUGUACGAGUCCUGCAACAACCAGACAGCUGAUGCACUUGACGCAUACCAGCGCGCGGCUGACCUCGACCCUUCAAACGUCCAUAUCAAGGCCCGUCUGCAGCUUCUCCAGAAUGGUCAAGGAUCAGCUGGCGCUCCCAACCAGGGCAAUGCUCCUGUACCUCAAGACGUUCAUCCUCAAGCUUAUCAGCCUGCCUCUGUUCACGGACCCGCUGCUCCUCAGUGGGGUUCUCAGCCUGCGCAGCCGCCUCAGGGACCUGCUCCACCGGCUCUUGGAACUGCUGGCUGGGAUCGUCCUCUGGCUCAGAUUAGGGAUCCGGGCCUGCCACCUCAGUCUCUCAACCCCUACGAGCAGCGCGAGGGUAUUCGCCCACCAACGCAGCAUGCUGCUCAGCGCCCAGUAAGCCCGCGCCAAGAGCCUCCGAGGACCUACGGCGAACCUCCACGACCACCCACUAACGGUCCUGGCCCAUCUGGUCCGGCCGGUCCGCCUCCUCCAGGUCCAGGAUCUCUUCGUCGUGGCAUGUCACCGUCGCCGAAGACGCAUCAUGUGGCUCCCAGCCCGUACCACCCUCAGCCGCCGCAGCUCACACCUCAACCGGCUCAGGCACAGCAGCCACCGCCUCCUCCUCACCAGGCGCAGCAGCCUCAGCCAACCCGCAUUUCUAACCCCAACUACGGCCCACACGCUGGCGCUGGCAGUGUUCCACCACCUCCCCCCCCACCACCUACUGGACUGGCUGGACCCCCAGGUCAGUCGACCCCUGGGCCUCUUCCACCAUAUGGACGUCCAAAUAGCCCACCGCCAGAGGUGCGACCCCUUGUCGAGAACCGCGCUGGCUCUCCACGCAACGGAUAUCAGGGACCAUACCAGACUCAGCAUCACGCUGAUCCCUCUGCCAGCGGUGGUAUUGCUAGCGGUGCACCUCCUCCAGCGGCUGCUCUUGCUGCGGCCGAAGCAGCCGCGCGAGAUCGUGAGGACCGCCCGCCAACUGCUCCGCCGAAGCGCCAUAGGGAAUGGGAGGAAAGCCCGAAGCUGCAGAGCAACGAUGAGAAGCGUCAGAAGCUCGAGGAGCCUCACAGCCGCCGCCCCUCACCUCCACACCAUGUCUCGUCACCGCAAGUUCCACGCCAGAGCCCGCAGGCCGCUCCUGAUGCUCGCCGCUUCAACGAUGGCUACCACCCAUCAGAAGCUGCUCACCACCCGCCAUCGCUGGCACCGAUCGGAGGUCCACCGCAAGCACAGACAUCGCUCCCUCGCAUGUCAGAGACACCAGCACCUGCAAAGGAGGCCCCUCGUCCCGAGCACCAUGAGCCAGCCGCUCGCCACGUAGACGUUGACGAAAACUACGAUGAUGAGGGCGACGAGCCAAAGGCCAAUGGUACGAAGUCUGAGCGCAACAGCCCCCACACCGCACCCACAAAUGGGGUUCCUCAUCCUGCCACUCCCGCCGAGCAGAAGUCUUAGGAAGAGCUGUUCGAUGAAUCCUUUCUGAGCCCUACAAAGGUUCGUCAAACUCUCGUGGACUCACCAGUUUUCACCGCGACUCCCAAAGAUCAGAAGUUCUGGAAAAGCAUCAUGUCGACGUUCGAUUGAGAUCUUGUCGAUCUAGAGUUCCGUAUAUAGUUUCUGUCACUCGUUUUUUCUUUCUUCAAAUAGGGUCUUCAUGACCGGGUUAGGAGGCUCUGUAGAUGGUGUUGAAGUGGAGAUACCCUCAUCUGGCUGCAUGCAUGUAUGAUCACUAAAAGCGAUAUUACGGCUCAAGCUUUGUAUUUAUUAUAUUUCCAACUAGUAUUCAGGAUGAC